AUGCAGCCUUCGCCGUUCACCCCCAAACUUGGGACCAACUAUGCCCCCAGCGACAGCGAAGUUGAACAGCUCAAGCAGUUGAUGUCGGGCCCGCAGCAGCGCAUUUCGAACGUCGAUUCCGAGCUCGCAGCCCUACGUCAGUCCAUGGAGAAAUUGGAAGGAGAGAAACGACAAUUGAGCGCCUACGUCGACGCACACUCCGCGCUCAUCUCACCCGUGCGCCGUCUCCCCGUGGAUGUCAUCCGGGAAAUAUUCCUUGCGUGCCUACCGACUGCGCGCAACUGCGUUAUGUCCACGACGGAGGCCCCGCUGCUCCUUGGACGCGUGUGCAGCUCGUGGCGCGACAUCUCUCUCUCCACCCCGCGCCUGUGGUCCAAACUGCACAUCGUGCACCCCACCAGCGUGUCGUAUCACAACUAUGGUGGCGCCCCCGACCUCUCGAAGGACCGCGCCCGGCUUGCCAAACGCAUUCAUGCUACGAAGAUAUGGCUCGGACGUGCCGGAGAGUGCCCGCUUUCUAUCUCGUACGACGUCGACCAUGCCUGCAUGUCCCCAGCCGCGAUCAUCGACCUGCUCGUCCUCUACGCCUACCGGUGGCACACGAUCGACAUGCUCAUCACGAGUGAAGGCGUUGCGCGGCUGAUGGAGCUCACUGAGCAGGAUGUGCCGAUGCUGACGAGUGUGACGCUGAAGCCAAUCAUGGCCACUGCUUCGCCUCCAAUGUUGCUAGGGCCUAACCAGUUCCUCAACUUCAAUGUUGGGCCCCCGGUUGCAGCCGGUCCCGGCCCCGGACCCAUAUUCAACCUUGUGCCUGCUCCUGGUCAAGGUCCUGUCCCCGCUCCACCCGCCCCACCUCCUCCGCCAGGACCGGCUGCCGGCGGUGUUAACGCAGCAGCUGUUCAGGCAGCAGCAGCUUUCAACGGGUUAAUCAAUUGGGGAGCCCCUGCUAAUCAACGUGCCUCGCCUCCUGAUUGGACACAACUGCGUUUACUUCACGGCGCGCGUGUCAGACGAUUCGGAAUCUCAAGCAGCAGCGUCGUUCCUUUCGGACUUCCGCUUCGGUGGGAACAACUGACGUCGCUAAGUGUGUUGUCUCCCGGACGUGUGUCGGCUGCCUUCAAUCUCAUGGCUAUCGGCUCGACGACCGAUCUUCCCGAACCGAAUGCCAACUUGAUUUUGCGGACGUUAGCAGAAUGCCCUCAGCUACGACACUGCAAGUUGACUGUACGGGAUGUGGAUGAAACACUGUUCGAUGGGGAGAUCUACAUGCCACACCUACAGACUCUUGAACUGCACUUUUAUCGCACGUCCAUUGUCACUGAUCCGUUCCGGCUCUUGCGGCAUCUUUCUGCCCCUAAUCUUCGCUCUUUUGCCAUUCGCAGUAGCUCUUCAAGCGCCUUUCAAGACCCUAGCGCUCCGGGGAAGACGAUUGCCAAAUCAGUGCUUCAGUUACUAGCAGGAACUCCUGUGCUCGAGCAAGCUCACUUCUUCGCUGAGAUUCCUGCGUCGGGGGUACAAUCUCUACUCCAUGCGCUUCCCGCGACUGUCACCAAUUUGAUUCUGCAUGACAUGUCACACACACUGGCUUUCCAGCAAGCCCAGCCGGCUACGACGGGUCCAGCUCUUCCCUCGAUGCCGGCCAUCGUCUUCCAGGAGCUGAUCUCUGACGGGGACCCCAGCCUCAACAUUCUCCCCUCCCUCUCGUUCUUGUCCGUGAGCACCUUUGACAUGGCUCCCGAUCUGCUCCUUCAGAAGUGCAUCCUCUCGCGCGCGGGACACGGCCUCCGGCAGGUCUUUGGCCGGUUCGGUCGGCCACUCGCGUACAACAUUGCUACGCUGCCAGAGAUGAAGCCGUUCGUCCAGUCAGGAUCGCUGAAGCUCAUGUUCGAAUACGUGCCGGACAAUAUGGCUGCGAUGGAGGACUCGCCGUGGCGUGGAUUGCCCGAUGCACCGGCGCCCAAAGGUCAUCCGCACCAUCAUCACCAUCACCAUUCGCAGCCCCAUCUCCAUUCGUACGAUAUGGAAGAAGGCGAGGAGGACUGGAUCGAUCCGUCCGUUUGA